AGUCUCCAUCUACCUGUCCCUUUCGCCGGUAGCCCUACGUGGCUCCCGAAUUAAGCUUUUGCUUUUUUGGAGAAGAAAGCAGGCUUCGGUGCGGAUCAAAUGAAACCCUAGAUUCUGGAGAGGGUGAUCUGGUGAGCAUAUCUCUCACCGAGAAUUACUAGCGAUUGCUUCUUCAACUCACUAGUCUUCUCCGGUCCCAAGCCCCAUAUGUGAAAAGUGGAGGGUUGCGUUGGUCUCAGAGCCUCGGUUCGAAGGUAUGACAGAGCGUCAAAGAACACGCAAUGGAGUCCGAAGCCACUAAUGUGGAAGCAUCUCAACAAGGGCGAGGUUGUCAGAAGCAAUGAGAUACAACUGCAUCCAAACCACAUGAGAGGUCCAAGGAGUGACUUUGAUUUGCGUCUUACUCGGGUGAAGGAGGCGAUGAAUGGCAUGAAGACGCGAAUAGAGGAUAUUGGCGAAAAGAUUGAUGGACUCGAGGAGUAAAUCGUCAUCCAUUCAACGAUCAGUGAUUAGAGCUUUACAUCAAAGAGUCUGUUAAUAAACUUCUGCCGAACGAAUCAUGGCAGGCUUAUCAUGUGGCGACAGAGGCGAAGCUUUUAGGUAGAGGAGAAGUGGCGGUCAGGACAAUUGGCGGCAAGGGGGGACCUGGGGAAAGCUUCGCGAGACUGGCGGGAUCGGCCGGUUAGGGCUCGCGAGCGAUCGAAGGGGUGGAAGAGGAGUCAGGCUCGGCUGAAGGAGGGGAAGGCUCGGUUUUCGAAAUGGGGGAGUUGGCUUGGAGUAUGUAUUAGAGCUUUAUAUCAAAGAGUCUGUUAAUAAACUUCUGCCGAGCGAAUCAUGGCAGGCUUAUCUCGUCGUUUGAUUGCCUGCUUACAAACUGGAAAGCUUGCUCUUUUAGCAAUUAUGGUAGCAUCUGGAAUUGUGUUGCAGGUUUUGGCUUGUGCUGUAUACAACAACUGGUGGCCCAUGCUAACAGCUGUAAUGUACGUAAUUCUCCCAAUGCCUCUCCUAUUUUUUGCGGGUUCUGAUAGCUCCUCGCUAAUGUCUGGCGAGUCAGACAGCUGGGUUGAUUUUACUAAGUUUCUCACUGGCGCGUCUAUUGUUGGAAGCAUCGCCAUUCCUUCCAUAUUAAAGCAUGCAGGCAUCAUCUGCUUGGGAGCUCUGUUAAUGGAGCUCUCUUCCUUUCUGAUCUUUGGUUUAGCCAUUCUUUUGUUCUUGGUAAUAAACCGAGAGGAUGAUUACAGUAUGUUCUGAGAAUUUCAUGGUCAUGACUGUUGUGUAAGUUCGCUAUUUUUUUUAAUAAUUUAUCGGUACAGAGCAGCUGGCACUUUGCUUUAUUUCCUUUAACAUCUACUCUGGGGCUUUUUAUAGGGAGAUUUACAUAUG